AUGUGGCUGGGCUGCCGCGGGUGGCUCCCGAUUUUCGUGCGGGAGCGAUUUAACCUCCUAUUCCUCAGCUUUGCCAGGACUUGGAGUGGCCGUAGAGCCCCGAUGGCGGAAAUGCUGUCUACCGGGGCGGAGGCAGCGAGCGGGCUGAGGGCUCUGGCUCAGCAAAACGGAGACGCGGAUGGCGACUCGAGGGUCGAGCGACCUCCAGAGCGCCCGGAGCCGGCGGCCCAGGGAGUGAAGUUGGCCCCGGAAGUCGGGAAGCAGACCGCGGGGAGCGAGGAGCCGGCCCUUCUUGCAGCUCCGGGCCCAGGCAAGCGGAAGAAGCGGCGGGGUGCAGCGGGGGAGCGCAUAGUGCCGCCCCCGAAGAAGCGGAGGGCAGGGGUGAGCUUCGGCGAUGAGCACUUUGCAGAGACCAGCUACUACUUCGAGGGCGGCCUGCGCAAAGUUCGACCCUAUUACUUUGAUUUCCGAACCUACUGCAAAGGCCGCUGGGUGGGCCACAGCUUGCUGCACGUCUUCAGCACUGAGUUCCGAGCCCAGCCCCUGGCCUACUACGAGGCCGCUGUCAGAGCCGGGCGCCUGCACCUCAACGAGGAGCCAGUACGGGACCUCAGCAUUGUGCUCAAGGACAAUGACUUCUUGCGGAACACAGUGCACAGGCAUGAGCCACCAGUCACAGCAGAGCCUGUCCGCCUGCUGGCUGAGAAUGAAGACAUGGUGGUUGUAGACAAGCCUUCUUCCAUUCCUGUCCACCCCUGUGGCCGCUUCCGACACAACACGGUCAUCUUCAUCCUAGGCAAGGAGCACCAGCUUAAGGAGUUACACCCACUGCAUCGGCUUGACCGCCUUACCUCGGGAGUCCUCAUGUUUGCCAAGACAGCAGCUGUUUCGGAGAGAAUACAUGAGCAGGUUCGGGACCGGCAGCUGGAAAAGGAGUACGUGUGCCGGGUGGAGGGGGAGUUCCCCACCGAGGAAGUGACCUGCAAGGAACCCAUCUUGGUAGUGUCUUACAAGGUUGGGGUGUGCCGUGUAGACACUCGGGGCAAGCCCUGUGAGACAGUGUUCCGGAGACUGAGCUACAACGGCCACUCUAGUGUGGUGCAGUGUCGGCCACUCACAGGUCGCACCCACCAGAUCCGAGUCCACCUCCAGUUCCUGGGCCACCCCAUCCUCAAUGACCCCAUCUACAACUCAGUGGCUUGGGGCCCCUCCCGGGGCCGGGGUGGCCACAUUCCCAAAACAGAUGAGGAAUUACUGCGGGACCUUGUGGCAGAGCACCAGGCCAAACAGAGCCUGGAUGUGCUAGAUCUCUGUGAAGUUGACCUGACCCCAGGACUCACAGACUCUACAGCUCCCUCUUCAGAGCUGGGCAAGGACCACCUAGAAGACUUGGCUGCAUCUGCCCAAACGAUGGAUGGAAUACUUGAGGCAGCCCCUCAGGAUCUGGACACAAUGGCUCUGGCACCAGGGAAUGCAGCCGAAACUGAUGUUGUGAAUCAAGAGGUAGACCCCCUCUGUGCAGAAUGCCGACUGGUGCGACAGGACCCCUUGCCCCAGGACCUUGUGAUGUUUCUACAUGCCCUGCGCUAUAAAGGGCCAGGUUUUGAGUACUUUUCACCCAUGCCUACCUGGGCACAGGAUGACUGGCAAGAGGACUGAGAGCUGUGGCCCAUGGAGGGAUUACUUCUUGGGUUGGAAGAGACCAUGGAGUAGGAACUGACCUCAUGGGCUGGUACUCAGUGUUCUAUAAGGAGUGAAGUUGGGCCCUUAAAGGAACUGCUUAUAUUUGCUACCUCCUUCAGCUAGAGUUUGGGGACUUUUGGGGUUGUAAAUAUAUACUUUUUUCUUAUA